UGUUACCGCCAGGGGGCGCAGACUCUCGGAAAGGACAUCCCUAAUGCAGCUCUACUUUGGCUCCGCCGGCAACAUGUACUGAAUCUACCCGGGAGAGACCGAGGAAGAUGGCGGCGACUGAUCGUUCCCGAUCCGAAGCUGCAAAACAGCGACGGCAGGAUCAGUUACAGCGAUGGCUAGGCUCGGAAACCGAUCAGACGGGACCGGGGACGCGGGACGGGUCGACGGGAACCGGGACGCGGAGGGCCCGGGUUCGGUUCGCUCAGGGAGCCGUGUUUAUGGCAGCCUGUUCGGCCGGGGACAGAGAGGAGGUAGCGGUGCUCCUACGACAGGGCGCUGACAUCAACCACGCCAAUAUAGACGGACUGACCGCGCUUCAUCAGGCGUGUAUAGAUGAGAAUGCAGAGAUGGUCCAGUUCCUGGUGGAGAGUGGGAGUGAUGUGAACCGGGGGGACAACGAGGGAUGGACUCCCCUCCACGCUUCUGCCUCCUGUGGGUUCAUACAAAUCACCAAGUACCUGAUAGAGCACGGUGCACGUGUGGGGGCGGUGAACAGUGAAGGAGAGCUUCCUCUGGAUGUUGCCACUGAGGAUGCUAUGGAGAGACUGCUGAAGGGAGAGAUCAAGAAACAAGGGGUGGAUGUAGAUCUGGCGAGGAGGGAAGAGGAGCGGGUGAUGCUGGCGGAUGCCAACGCGGUGCUGGCAGGAAGUGGCGUGCUGACACCUCACCCCAACACCAAUGCCACAGCGCUGCACGUGGCCGCGGCCAAGGGCUACAUAGAGGUCAUGAAGGUCCUGCUCCAGUGUGGUCUGGAUUUGGACAGUGGUGAUGUGGAUGGCUGGACAGCCCUGCAUGCUGCUGCUCACUGGGGACAGCAGGAGGUGUGUUCUCUGCUGGCUGACAACCUGUGUGACAUGGCUGCACUCAACAACGUGGGACAAACCCCUAUAGAGGUAGCAGAUGACACCCUAGUGGACACUCUGGAGCAGCUGACUAAGAAACAGAACGCUUUGCGUACAGAGAAAGCCAAGCUGUCCCAGCCUCCGGUCAUUGAAACCAGUCCUUCUAUCAAUAUGGCUCCAGUUAGACCACGCAGGACCUCAAUCUCUCGUAUGAGCAGCAGAGAGAAGAUCUGCCUCCACGAGAGAGAGAAGCACCCUCCCCCUGCCCUGACCAGCAGCCCAGCCGAAGAAGAAGAGGAGGAGGGAGGACAAGGCCAGCCUGGGACGCAGGGACAGGGCCUGCCUGGGACUCAGGAACCGGGCCAGCCUGUGACUCAGGGACAGGGCCAGCCUGGGACGCAGGGGACACAGGGACAGGGCAAGGCCUCCAGCAGCUCCAGUUCAGAAGAGGAGGACGACGAAUCUGAGAGUGAUGCUGAAUCAGAGAAAGCCAAAAACCGAGAGAUCAUCAACAACUUGAACAACAAAUGCAACAGCUCCUCCACCCACGCUACCUCCACGGCAACCAGCACUUCAGGAGACCCGGCCAAAAAGCAGGACCCAGGGAAGCCCCCAGCCCCCGAAGUGGCCCCUAGCUCGGCCCCUGGCGCGGCCCCUGGCUCCUGGAGGACCUCUCUUCGUAAGGCAGGCAGCUCUGUGACCCUGGGUCCUUCAGGGGCCAACGACCCCAGCCAGGAGUCCACCCGCGGGGCCCCUGAGUCUGGCCUGGGUAUAGGGAUGACCCGCUCUGCCUCCAGCCCACGCCUCAGCUCCAACAACACCACCACAGACACCAAGGAACCCAGGACUGCCAGAGUGAACCCCAGUCCAACCAGACGUCUCUUCAGUAUGCCAGACACCAACCCAGAGGGCACUAGCAGCUGGCUGAGUCGUAGCUCCUCUUACACCCGACGCCUCAAUAGUACUGGAAGUGAUCUUAGUAGCUCCACUCCCUCCUUGCCUCUCAGCUCAUCCUAUGGACACAAACCGGAUGACCCCACGGAGACAGGAAGUAGCUCCUCUGUUGGACUCAGUCGACUCAACAUCCUGGUGGCCCAGAGACUGGCUCAGGAGCAGGCAGAGAAGAAGGAGAAGGAGCAGGGUUCUGUCACCACCACGACCGGCGGAGGCAGUGAUCUGGAGACCAAGCAGAGGCGCAAGUCCUACUUGACCCCGGUACGUGAUGAGGAGGCUGAGGCUCAGAGGAAGGCUCGCUCCAGACACGCCAGACAGUCACGGCGAUCCACUCAGGGGGUGACGCUCACAGACCUGAAGGAGGCUGAGAAGACAAUGAAGACCGCACAGACGGACGAAGAGAGAGACAAGACAAUGAAGACCGCACAGACGGACGAAGAGAGAGACAAGACAAUGAAGACCGCACAGACGGACAAAGAGAGAGACAAGACAAGGAAAGAGGAGGAGGAGGAGAAGGAAGAGGCCAAUAAGAAGAAAGCAGAAGAGGGGGAAGUAAGCUGGAGGUCCCGUAUCGCCAGCCUGCAGAAGUCUGACCUGUUGGGGCUGACUCAACCGGCUGGUACCCUUCGUUCCCAGACCUCCGGCCAAGAGAGGAGUGCAGAAGGGGAGAGUGAGAGUGACCGUAUCGCCAGGGAGAGACGGAGAGCCCGAGCCAGGAGGAGAGCUCAGAGGGCUGGAGAUAGUGAUGACAACGAGCCCAGUGGAGAGGAGGGGUUGGGAGGCAGUGGGCAGGAUCCACAGACAGACAGGCACUCCAGCACCAGGUCCGACGUGUCAUGUAACGACUGUAUCGACAGAGGAGGAUCUGAAACUAAGGAUUACAAGAAGCUGUUUGAGGUGGUGUCCAGAGAGAAUGGUCAGCUCCAGUCUCAGCUGCAGGACACCCAGAGGACCAUCUCUCAGACGAGACUGGACCUGGACAAGGUUACCCAGAGACAAGAGCGGUUCAGUGAUUGUUCAGCCAUGCUCGAGCUAGAGAAGAAGGAGCGACGGAUGUUGGAGCGGCGUGUGGCUGAGCUGGAGGAGGAGUUGAAGGUGCUCGGUGACCUGAGAGCUGACAACCAGAGGCUGAAAGACGAGAACGGAGCGCUCAUCAGGGUCAUCAGUAAACUCUCCAAAUAGACGGAGAGAACGAGAGAGAGACAACAGGGAAGCCCACUCCCUCCCUCCCUCCCUCCCUCCCUCCCUCCCCCCUCCCCUCCCU